GACAGCAGUUCACUGCGAAUGGCCAAUGAUAUUUGUUUUGACUCGGCUUUUGAACAUUUCUGGAAAUAAACGCUAAUUUAUAGAUAGUUUAUUAAGAUAUUAAUAUAAAAACACACACGAUGCAUCCUGGGCAAAUCGAUGUCAACGAGAUCACCGGCUAUUGGACAUUUCUGCUUAGUAUUGAUUGGAAGGAUCCGUGGCUUAUUGGCUUAAUAUUGGUGCAUAUCCUGACCACCACCACUGCGCUUCUCAGCCGGAACAAUACGAACUUCCAGGUUUUCCUCUUCCUUGUGCUGCUGCUGGCGGUCUAUUUCACCGAGAGCAUCAAUGAGUACGCGGCUCAGAACUGGAGUUCCUUCUCCAAACAACAAUACUUCGAUAGCAACGGCCUUUUUAUCUCGACAGUUUUCUCAAUUCCCAUUUUGCUCAACUGUAUGCUGUUGAUUGGCACCUGGCUGUACAGCUCCACGCAGCUAAUGGUCACUUUGAAAACAGCCCAACUAAAAGAACGAAUUCGAAAAGAACGCCAAAAUAAGGCUGAUUCCGCAGCGGCAGCACAACAUGGCAAGACGGAAUAGAAUAUAAGUUUAGACUCUAGGCAGUUGAAAACAUAAGCAGAGCUGUGAGAAUUGUACUUUCAGGAUAGCAUAAUCAAAGAUGUUGCAUUGUAGGCUUCAAAUAGAGUUUGCUGCCAUUUAGUAAUAGUUUUCUGCAAAGCUUGCGGCUUACGAUAAUAAAAUUCAAUUUAAUGUGAUUUAA